UGUCAUUUACACGAUUUGAAGUAGAAUGCGGGUCAGGUUCUAGGUGUAUGGAGCAUCCGAUAAUAUCCAAGUUUUUAUGAAAAAUAAAAAUAAAAAGAUUCUUGGAUUGCGGAGGAUGCAACGGAUAAUUGUGAUGGUUACUACAGCCGACAGCAACAUGAAUGACGAUUCAGCUCUUUAUUCAUAUUCAAAUCUUUGUCCCUGCCCUGAAGGAAAAAAAAAAACCUUUGUCCCAUACCCAAACCCAUCAUUUUCUCUUUGCAGUCACUUUCUUGCAAUAUAUAUGUAGGGCUUGGAUCGGUAAAUGGUGCCCAUUCCAAAGAAUAUAGUACUCCAUUUGAAAACCUCCAAGAAUAGCAUAUUAAGGCAGGGCCCUUUUUAAUCCAAUAGCUUUUGAGUAGGCCCUCGUCGGAGCUCCUCCGCCGCUGCACUCUCUGCUCGACCAAUCAUGGGCCGCAUUCGCUCUUCCUCGCUCUACAUUACGUUUUGCGUCAUCUUCUCCCUAUCUGUAGCUGUUCUUGCCGAUGGAAAUGAAGUUGAUGAUGAAAGACCAUUUACAUACUCCCCAGAUGCUGAGAAAGGGCCAGGGAAGUGGGCUGAUCUCGAUCCAAAAUGGAAGGCCUGUGCAAACGGGAGACUUCAAUCACCAAUUGAUCUUUCUGACGAGAGAGUUGAGGUCAUGCCUAAACUGGGAACUUUGAAAAGAAAAUACAAGCCAGCUCCAGCUAUAAUAAAGAAUCGAGGUCAUGAUAUUGAGGUGGUAUGGGAAGGAGAUGCAGGAGGUGCUAUACUAAAUGGAACGAAAUAUAAGCUACGACAGUGCCAUUGGCAUACUCCUAGUGAACACACAUUGAAUGGGAAAAGAUAUGAAUUGGAGAUUCAUAUGGUUCACAACAACUCCCUUGGUCAUCUUGCUGUAAUUGGCGUAGUCUACAAGCUGGGCCGUCCUGAUCCCUUCCUGGCUAAGCUUCUAGACACCAUGAAAGCACACGACCAUAAUGGGAAUCAUUUGGGGGUGGUUGAUCCUUGGGAGAUCAAGUUCGGAAGCAGAAAGUACUACAGAUACGUCGGCUCUCUCACGGUUCCCCCCUGCACAGAAGGGGUUCUCUGGACGAUACUAAAGAAGGUGAGGACUGUUUCAAGGGAGCAAGUGAAAGCACUAAGGGAUGCUGUCCACGAUGGAUAUGAGAGGAAUGCAAGGCCAACACAGACCUCAGCUUUAGAGGUCUACAUGUAUCGUCCGCCAAAUUAGAACUCACUUCUGCUCUACACUUUACAUAUUUUGUUUAAUUAUUGAUAUUGAUUUAUUACAUCAGCUUGCAAUCUUUGACUA